AACACAGGAAGUCAUUGAAGAUACGAACACCUGUACAUGAGAAAAUCAAUAUAAAAGAAACUAAUAUAAAACAGUACAAAACAAUAAAACAAUGAGCUCUGAAGAAGAAACAGAUGAAGAUGCAAGUGCUGCGAGUGCUUUAACGUCUUUCACUGAAAAAGGAUUGUGUAGAGAUGAAGUGACAUUGGUAUUUGACGACGAAAGGGAACUAUUCGUUUCAGAAAACUUCCUGUCGCUUUCUUCGCCAGUUUUUAAAGCAAUGUUUUCGAAUGAUUUCAUUGAGAAAAAUGAAAUGACAGUUAGGCUACCUGGAAAAAGCUAUGAUGACUUUCUCGUGUUUUUGAUGUGUAUCCAUCCAGCGGUGCAAAAACGAAUUGAUGAAUCGAAUGUAGUUCGUGUGGUACCGAUUGCUGAAGAGUACCAAGUACCAUCAAUAGCUGCAAAAUGCAAAAGACUGAUGAAGAAGGUUAUGAACAAGGAUCUUGAAGAGGCAAAGAAAUGUUCUUCUAAGCUCGAUAGUCAUGCUGUGGCAGUUCGUAAAUGUCUAAUUUUCUUGAACACUGCAGUGACAUUUGGAUAUAAAAGUCUUACUGAGCACUGUUCUACUAUUCUUGCGAGCUUCCCGUCGGCAGGAUACACUUAUGUAAACAAAAAUUGCAGCUACUUUACCUACCACGGUAACAAAUAUCCAAGUGUUGAAGUAAAUGGAGAAAGCGUUAACGUGAAAGACGUUCGCUCUGAAUGCUUGGCUUUGUUUAAAAAACUACCACCUGAUGUUAGCCGCAUGGUUCUUUCCAAACGAUUAAAAAAAUGCGAUUCUCAAAAACUCUUAUAGAGACAAAUUGGCUUGAAUGGUCUAAUCACUAACCGUGAGAUCUUUUGUAGGCUGUCUGACAGUUCUGCUGUUAUCUUACCGGAUGUUUUUUCUGAACACAAACAGUAUAGAUAACAUAAUUAUAAUACAAAAUGUAUUUUAGUACACGUGUGGUAUACGUGAUUUAAAACAAAUAAACAUCAUGUUAGAGAAUCGAGACUUGAUAAAGAUAAACUGAUAACCUUGUUGACAGAUAGUGUUCUGUUUGUUUGCUUUUUGAUCAUUACACAAAUUCUAUGAGUUUUUUUUUGUUGGGAAUAACAUAAAACCAACACAUUUAUAGGUCA